CUGGUGUGUCGGGUCACACGUGAUAGUGGUCUCGCUGGCGCUUGUUGAUGAUGUCGCCGCGGUGCCCCAAGGAAGGAUUGGCCGAGGCUGGUCUCGCAGUGAUGAUUCCCGGGAGCAAGGCGGAAGCGUACGGGACGCCGUAGGGCGGAGGCGGGAGAGGCGAGGGUCGCGAUGAGUGGGCUCGGCCGGCUCUUCGGGAGGGAGAAGAAGGAGAGGGGGCCAACCCCUGAAGAGGCAAUACAGAAACUGAAGGAGACGGAGAAGAUAUUGAUCAAGAAACAGGAAUUUCUGGAGCAGAAGAUUGAACAGGAGCUACAAACUGCCAAGAAGCAUGGGACCAAGAAUAAGAGAGCCGCCCUACAGGCUUUGCGGAGGAAGAAAAGGUUGGAACAGCAGCUGGCACAAACCGACGGGACAUUAUCCACCCUGGAGUUUCAGCGUGAGGCCAUUGAGAAUGCCACCACCAAUGCAGAAGUGCUUCGUACCAUGGAGCUUGCUGCCCAAGGCAUGAAGAAGGCCUACCAGGACAUGGACAUUGACAAGGUGGAUGAACUGAUGGCUGACAUCACAGAACAACAGGAGGUGGCCCAGCAGAUCUCAGAUGCCAUUUCUCGACCCUUGGGAUUUGGAGACGAUGUGGAUGAGGAUGAACUGUUGGAGGAGCUAGAGGAGCUGGAGCAGGAGGAAUUGGCCCGAGAGUUGUUACAUGUGGGCGACAAGGAGGAGGAGCCCCCAGUCACACUGCCCUGUGUACCCUCUACACAUCUUCCUGCAGGGCCAGCUCCCAAAACGGAUGAAGAUGAAGAAGCACUAAAGCAGUUGGCUGAGUGGGUGUCCUGAUGAGUCUGGGCUUGUCUACCUGACGCUGCCUUCAUUGUUCUCUUUUCCUUAAGUGCCAAAUGCUAAGCUAAAGGAACAUGGCCUUGUUGGGAGGUCCUGCUGAGGGUGGUAGUGUGACCCUGCCUGAGAAAAGGGUCUGUCGCCCUCGCAUCCCUGGCUCAACCCUGAAGAAGGAUCUUGGUGCAGGAGGAGCCCCUGGGCUCCCUUUGAUAGCAGUUACAGUGCCCUCGUUCGCAAUAAAAUUGGGCGGAUGGAACCCUAGUGCUUA